AUGAACUCCUCUCCCAUUGUCAGCAAGUCCUACUCACCCCUAUCGAAAAACACCGCCAAAAAUGCGAGUGCGGACGUAUCGAAGACGCUAGCGCCUCUCAAGCGGAUCGGCCAUUCGCUCUUUACGAAAGGAUUCAUUGGGGGUUCUUUUAGCGACUUCACGCUCGAGAUUUUAGGAAUGACCUACAACUUGCAUCGGAUUGUGCUACUCCACAACGAGUACUUUGCAGCCAUGUUGGAAGGGCCUUGGCAGGAGCAGGGCAAACAGGCCGUCAAAAUACAGGUGGAAGACCCAAACAUGACGGUUGAGGGCGUCACCAUCACAUUGGGAAGGAUUUACGGAAGAACCGAGGUGAAGCUGAAUGGAGGCAAUGCGCGCAGUGUUCUGGCUGCAGGACUGUUUUUCUGCGACCGAGAAUUGUGCGAUGUUGCGGUGGAUUUUAUCCUCUCGGACAUAUCCCCUGCAACGGUUCUGGAAUACCUCUUGUUUGCCGAUCGAUUUUGCUACGGCGAACACUCGGAGGCCAUAACUGAGGAAUGCCUGCUCUACCUCUGCCGAGAGGGUUUCAGCCGGCGCUCGCUGCGACCGGUCUUCGAGGAAAUGCCCAUAGACUGGCUCGAACGAAUUUUGUCGAGCGAUUGCUUCUGGAUCCCCUCGGAGCAAGAUCGAUGGAGCUUCAUUGUUGACAUAAUCAAUAGGCGUCAACGCCAGCGCCAUAUGCCGCCCAAAAACUCGCAUUUGCCUCUUGGCGAUACGCCAGCACUCGGUAUGAGCGAGAGUCCUGAAAUAUGCGUGAAGCAAGUUGCCAUGGCCUCGGCCGCAGAGAUGACAAACGUGGAACAGUCCUACGACUCGCAGAAGAACGAGGAAGAGUUCCCAGACGGCGGAACCUACGGUGAACUUUUAUGUAACAGCGUUGCCUAUGAGCAUAUACCAUUUUCUAUCUUGCUGCAAAUCCGAAGCCUGUUUGAGCAGCACGACACACAAUGCAUUGAUCGGCAUCUGAUCGGAGACACGCUGGAGCGCGCGGCGUGGACGCAAAUGAAGCUGCAAAAUCUGGUCGUUAGUGCCAGUCCGGAAACGACACAACUGGGCAUCAAAGAACCGAUAGUUCCUGAAUCGGAUACGCGGCACAUUGAUGGUUGGCGCUUGGCGACGCUCCUGAAUGAGCCACAUGUCAUUGAGCAUGACGGAUCUACGUUCCCGCCUAUGCGCUUCUCGGUGGAGUUCCACGAUUUGGUUCAGAUUGCAAGCGGGGAGAAAGUCUACAGUGAGCGUUUUUUCUACGCUGGCUCUAUGUGGCAAGUCUACCUACAGAAUGUGCCCAGGGACGAGCCAGCGAAGUUGGGUGUAUACCUUCAAAGAAUGGCUGUAAAUCCGGAGCAGCUGCAAAACGGUGGAAUGUCAGCGCCGUAUGUCGACAGGCGGCAAACAACCGUCACCUGGUUUCAGUUGUACUGCUACUUCGGCAGCGAGUUUUAUGUCCUCGAAAGCAAGCCGGAUCUUUUCCAAGACACUCAAUCUUGGGGUUGGAAGAUCAACAAACUCCACAAGUCGGCUUUCAACGGCGGACGCACCUUGCGAUGUUGCGUAGUUCUAGGACAUGUAUGA